UAUGACUACAAAGGAAACAAGUCAAUAAAAAAUAAAAUCAGAAAGAUUUGAGUUUGUGUCAUAAAUUGAUAACAAGUCGAAGCGUGAAAUUGGCUGAGGAGAGAGGAAGGAGUUUUCCAAACACGCGAUAAUUCUCGAGUGUAUAUUUGAUCGCGUUCCAAUUAGAAUUGGGAAUUAGGGUUCAUCGAUGCCUCGCCACGGUAGAGAAGACGAUCGCAGGAGAUCGUUGCCUUACGAUGAUUCCUCGAGAGAUCGGCGUUCCCAUCACCACAAGCACAAAGAUCAUGGUUCGGACGACAAGGGAUUCAAGAGAACAGACUGGAAUCGAGAUGGGGAGAGAGAUCGAUACCAUAAGCAAGAUGGUCAGAGAACUUCAAGAUCUUAUGGGGGAAGAAGUAGAAAUGAUGAUUAUGGAGAUAGGCGAAACCAGGAAUCUAGCAGAUACUAUAAACAUGGUGUGGACGGAGAAAAACAACAUAGACAGAGGUCACCCAGCCAAUCAGAUGAUAAAUCUCACAGCAAGCGAACAAGUGGGUUUGAUGUGGCUCCACCUGCUAAUGGUGCUUUGCCAAGUCCUUCAGAACAAGUUGCUGGAGUGUCCAUGGCGUCUCAAGCAAUUCCUGGAAUGUUGCAAAACAUGCUUACUUCUGAGACAUCUCAGUUAGGAUUGUUCCCAAUUCAAGUCAUGACUCAGCAGGCUACAAGGCAUGCACGUAGAGUAUAUGUUGGUGGCCUUCCACCUUUGGCUAAUGAGCAGACUAUCUCAACAUUUUUCAGCCAUGUUAUGAAUGCAAUCGGUGGAAACAUUGCUGGUCCUGGUGAUGCGGUCGUGAAUGUUUACAUUAAUCAUGAAAAGAAAUUUGCUUUUGUGGAGAUGAGAACUGUAGAAGAGGCCAGUAAUGCAAUGGCACUUGAUGGAAUUAUUUUCGAGGGUGUUUCUGUGAGAGUUCGAAGACCUACAGAUUAUAAUCCAUCUCUUGCAGCACCACUUGGUCCUAGUCAACCUGGUCCUUAUCUCAAUUUAGCUGCGGCUGGACUCACACCUGGCAUGAACGGUGAAUCUGAUGGAGCUGAUCGCAUAUUUCUUGGUGGGGUGCCCUACUAUUUUUCUGAAGCUCAGAUGAAAGAAUUGUUGGAGAGUUUUGGACCUUUGCGUGGAUUUGAUCUUGUCAAAGAUAGAGAUACAGGAAAUUCCAAAGGCUAUGGUUUCUGCUUCUACCAGGAUCCAUCUGUCACGGAUGUUGCUUGUGCUGCUUUGAAUGGCCUAAAAGUGGGUGAUAAAACACUUACUGUUAGACGUGCUACCGUGAGUGGGCAGUUAAAAUCAGAGCAGGAGUAUGUACUAGCUCAGGCACAGCAACAUAUAGCAAUACAGAAAAUGGUUUUGGGUGCUGAAGCUGGAGCUUUGAAUAUUGCUGGUGGACAGCCCCCUACAAAUGUGGAAAUUCCAACCAAAGUUUUGUGCUUGACUGAGGUUGUUACUACUGAUGAAUUGAUGGAUGACGGAGAAUACGAAGAAAUUCUUGAAGAUAUGAGAGAAGAAUGCCAGAAAUUUGGGGAGUUGAUUGAUGUUGUCAUUCCUCGUCCUGUUCCAGAUUCUGCCCCUAGCAAUGGUGUUGGAAAGGUAUUCUUGGAGUACUCUGAUACUGCUGGUUGUGUGAAGGCGAAAUCUGCUCUUAGUGGUAGGAAAUUCGGAGGCAAUAGCGUGACUGCUUUGUAUUAUCCAGAAGACAAAUAUUACGACAGGGAUUACGCUGCCUGAUCUUUCAUUUUCUAUCUUAGUAUACUAGAACAAUCAUCACUUGUUAUUGUCCAAAUUGUUUAUUUUUCUGUUUCACGCGUAAUCUCAGACAGAUGAUAUAGUAGUUUUUCCUUUUUAUGUUUUUUAUAUGUAAUGUAUAAUAUAGAUUGUUAUAUUGGUGUAUAGUGAGGUAUCAACUGCUUAUCUAGCGCCAGUGCAAAAUAUGCAUCUUUUGUUGCGAAAAUGGAUUUGCCUGUGUUAUGGGAUGUUAAUGUUACAGCUGUACCAUGAAGUUUGGAAUU